AUGCCGUUUGGGGAAAAAGCCCGUCCUUCCACAGCUUCAGGAAGAUUAGAAGCUGCACAUGUUGCCAGCAUCAUCUCUGAACUGGGAAGCAUAGGAGAGAGGAGAGAGGAUACUUCCACGCCUCGGUGUCGAGGUGAGAAAGCAAGACUGGUGGGAAAUUCGGCAGACAGAAAACCUCCACCUGCAUGGUUGGAGCGAGAACAACUGAAACAGAGCAGACGGAGGCACUCCUUCACCCUGGGAGAUGAGGCUCAGCUUACAGCGCGACGCUAUCCCAAUGCUGAUUCAGUUCAAAGCCUUCAGCUUGAUGAGAAGGUGUCCCUUGACAGCCUGCAGAAACUGAAACGGGCAUUUGAGGAAUUGGAAAUGGGUGGCUCGAGGUCCCUCGAUGUGAAGAAUUUUGCAUGCACAGUGAAGAGGUGUUUGGGUUUGCGUCACGCAACCACCGCACAAAUUCAAGAGCUUUUCAUGAAGAUCGAUUAUUCCGGCCAGGGAGGGAUUGCAUGGGAUCAGUUCUGCACCUACAUGCAGCUGGAGUACACAGAGAAGGAGGAGUCGGUACUACGCCGUAAGCAGGUGGCCUUCUCUCUGCCAGCUACUGUCAAGGCCCUCUGUCAUGGGGAUCCAGUCCUGGGAAUCCACCCUUUUGCCAAUGGUACCAUCGUUACGGUGCGAGAAGAUGGAACCGUUUGCUACUGGAGCCCUGAACUCCAAGUACAGAAGACCAAACGUGUAUUUCAUGAAAGGCCUGUAAACAGGAAGCCCAAGACCGCGACCGAUUUCAUCCCCAUGACUCAGUAUAACAAGCUGAUCAUAGGAACAUGGGACAGAGAAAUCCAGCUUUAUGAGCUCUCCUCUCUGGAGCCUUGCUGCCAGAUUAGUGCCCUGGAGACGGUCCCCCUGACACUAGACUACUGCUACACGGGCCCCGAUGAGUGUUCAAUUCUGUAUGGCGACACGCAGGGCUGCGUGAAUAUCAUAAUCCUUUCCUCCGUCGGAGAAAUGCUAAGGUUAUGGAAGAAAUUAACUAAGAUUGAAAAUAUGCCUAACCUAGGGCUAGAAAAUGCAAUACUAUCCCCAAAUGUGACUUUUGUGCGAUGGAAGAUCCAUCAAGAGCGGGUGACACAGGUGAAGUAUUUUCAAACUCUCCCUGCCGUUGCAUCCAGCUCAAACGAAGAGGCAUCUGCUCUCGCUAUGGGCUGUUUGUUCCCUUCAAUGAACAUUGAGCAGCAGAUGAAGGAGCUCCAAGAAGUCCCCCAUGAGGGCAAGGCCAAGAAGGUCCAACUUAACAUGACUCCGCAACCACGAGCCCCCUGCGACCAGACAGUCUUUGUCAUUUACAAAGGUGUGAAGACCUUUGACCUUUGUAAAAAGCACAACUUGCUGGUGACAGGAGGCAUGGACAGACUUGUCCGCCUGUGGAAUCCAUAUGUUCCCGGGAAACCGACUGGGAUUUUGAAGGGCCAUCCGGCCCCCAUCUUCUACCUCUGCAUCUCUCCAGAGGACAGUCAGAUCUUCUCUGUCUCCACGGACAAUACUAUCAAAAUCUGGGAUAUUGAUGAUCAGUGCUGCCUGUUUACCGCACACCCCAAAGACAGCCUCAUCCAUGGUGAUGUGUCCGCAUGCUUGUAUUCUCCAUCUAUGAAAGCCCUGUAUGUCGCGGCAGACGCUAUGGCUUUGCUCUCUCUGAAGAUAAGGCGGCAGCAGCACGGCCGUCGAACUGUUUCCCACAGCGAGCCUGUAAUGUGCUGCGGCUAUAGUGAGGCGUUCCGUCGGGUGGUCAGCUGUACCGAGGGAUCGGUGGUGAAAGUCUGGGAGUUUGAUACCGGAUGCCAAGUUUUUGAGUUUGGUGAAGCACACGGCCUUUCAGCCAUUACAUGCAUGACCUUUGACCUCAAAGGGAGGAGACUUAUCACAGGGGGAAGAGACGGAUGUCUUAAGAUCUGGAACUUCAACAAUGGCCAGUGCUUAAAGGUACUUAAAAGAGAUGGUGAACGUCAUGAAGUGUGUGACUGCAGCUACCUGAAAGUCCACAGGAACGUCUAUGUGUUAUCUGUUGGCUGGGACCGGAAGAUUGACAUAUACUCUGACACGCCUGAGGAUACGCGUCAUGUCCAGAGGCCGCAGCCUUCGUGGCAGGAUGAUCAGAAAAAUGGCCACAAUGACGACAUCCUUUGCAUUGCGCAGUGUCCUCCGUCUCUCUUGGCCACCAGCAGCUACGAUGGAGAGAUCAUCGUGUGGAAUGUGGUGUCUGGGCACAUACAGUGUCGGCUCCUAACACCCGUUCCACCUGAAUACCAAAAUACUCAAGGGGUGGAUACAAGUGUUCCAUGUGUCAUCUUCCUGAAGAACUGCAGUUCCACCAAGGAGGUCGCCACUGCUUCAGGCCUCCUGUCAUCAGGUGUCAAGGGUUACGUUAAUUUCUGGCAUGUGCUCAAUGGAGGAAAAUUUGUGAGCAGCUUCGAAGCUUCUACAUUCCAACAACGGAUAACAAAAGUGGCUAUAACAGCAGGGGAGGACACGUUAAUGUAUGCGGCUGACCAAAUUGGCUACAUCUAUGUUUACAACAUGAAGACAUUUGCCAACAACCCGCAGAAAAAGCCUCCGAGAGAGCACUACUGGCGUGCCCACACCAGCAGGAUUACUGGUCUGCAGAUUGUUGACAGUGAUCAAGUGUUGCUUACAUCAUCCACUGACUGCACUGUGCGCCUUUGGAGCACCUAUGGAGAAUUCAUAGGGACAUUUGGGCAGUCUGACAGCUGGAGCAUCCAUAUCACCUCUUCCUGGAAGCAUCCCACUGUUCCCUAUGAGAUACUGAUCGAUCCUUUGAGUAUGUCUGCUCAUGAAAUUCUGAAUGAGAAAACACGGUCGACUGAUGCCACCACUCCUGACAAGAUUGAGGUCGAUAAGGAGAGAAGGGCGGUGGGUAUGACAUGUUAA